GGGCGAUCCACGGUCCAAGUGAAGCUCCCUCUUCCAUUUGCAAAGGAGUUUGAAACACACGCACACACAACAACACCACCACAACCACACCAUGGCCUGGACUGUACAGUUGACUAUCUGUGCUCUAGCUGUUGGCAUUGGGAUUUCUUCAGCCUUUUAUAACUCCAAGGUCUUUGCUCCAAACCAAGUGACACUUUUGGAUUCCAGGUCUGUUCAAGGCGAACUUGGCUGGGAAGCUUUCCCUCCAGAAGGAGGAUGGGAGGAAGUUAGCAUCAUGGAUGAGAAGAACACUCCAAUCCGUACCUACCAAGUCUGUAAUGUGAUGGAAGCCAAUCAGAACAACUGGCUACGGACUGAUUGGAUACCCCGUGAGGGAGCCCAGCGAGUUUACAUUGAGAUCAAAUUUACUCUUAGGGAUUGCAACAGUCUGCCAGGCGUCAUGGGAACAUGUAAAGAGACCUUUAACUUAUUUUACUUCGAAUCCAAUAAUGACAGUGAACAAAAUGUUCCAGAGAACAAGUACAUAAAGAUUGAUACCAUUGCAGCUGACGAGAGUUUUACACAAGUGGACAUUGGUGACCGGGUGAUGAAACUGAAUACUGAAGUCCGUGAUGUGGGGCCUCUGAGUAAGAAAGGCUUCUACCUGGCAUUUCAAGAUGUCGGUGCCUGCAUUGCCUUAGUAUCUGUCCGGGUCUUCUAUAAGAAGUGUCCACUGACAGUACACAACCUGGCACAGUUUCCUGACACCAUCACAGGCGCUGACACCUCAUCCCUUGUGGAAGUGCGUGGUUCCUGUGUGAAUAACUCCGAGGAGAAAGAUAUGCCAAAAAUGUAUUGUGGCGCAGAUGGCGAAUGGCUGGUGCCCAUUGGCACAUGCCUGUGUAACACUGGGUAUGAAGAAAGGAAUGGAGCAUGCCAAGCCUGUAAAGUCGGAUACUACAAGUCCUUGUCGACGGAUAAAAGCUGUUCCAAAUGUCCCCCACACAGCUUCUCUACCCAAGAAUCCUCUACAUACUGCAUCUGUGAGAGGGGCUUUUUCAGAGCAGAAAGCGACCCCCUGUCGAUGCCUUGCACACGACCACCCUCUGCCCCUACGAGUCUGAUCUCCAACAUCAACGAGACGUCUGUGAUGCUGGAGUGGAGACCGCCAAAGAAUACUGGAGGCCGCCAUGACAUCACCUAUAGUGUUAUCUGCAAGAAAUGCAUCAGUGGUCUCAGUCACUGUUGGCCGUGUGAAAAUGGGAUCCACUUCAUUCCCCAGCAAACAGCCUUGAAGAAUACCAAGGUGUCCAUCACAGAUCUCCAGGCUCACACCAACUACACCUUUGAAAUCCGGGCAAUGAAUGGAGUCACAAAGCAGAAUCCUAGCCGUGACCAGGCCGUCUCGGUCACUGUCACAACCAACCAAGCAGCUCCAUCUGCCAUUGGAAUCAUACAAGCAAAAGAGAUCACGAGACACAGUGUUUCCUUGGCCUGGCCUGAGCCUGAGCGCCCGAAUGGAGUAAUAUUGGAAUACGACAUCAAGUACUAUGAGAAGGAUCAGAAUGAACGCAGUUACAGGAUUGUUAAAACUCUCCCCAGGAAUGCACACAUCACGGGGUUAAACCCGUUGACGGCUUACAUGUUUCAUGUCCGAGCACGAACAGCGGCUGGCUACGGAGAGUUCAGUGCUCCGUUUCAGUUCAUAACAAACUCAGCUCCGUCAGCUAUCAUAGGAGAUGGUGCAAGCCCCACUGUGCUCCUUGUGUCAGUGGCCGGCAGUGCAGUUCUACUAGUGAUUCUCGUAUCAGCUUUUGUUAUAAGCAGGAGGCGCAGAAAGUACAGUAAAGCCAAGCAAGAAGCAGACGAGGAGAAGCAUCUGCAUAAUGGACAAGGAGUAAGGACAUAUGUGGACCCUUUUACCUACGAGGACCCUAACCAGGCAGUCCGGGAAUUUGCCAAAGAAAUCGAUGCAUCCUGCAUAAAGAUCGAAAGGGUGAUCGGUGUAGGCGAGUUUGGCGAGGUGUGCAGUGGGCGCUUGAAAAUGCCAGGCAAGAGAGAGAUCUGUGUUGCCAUUAAGACGCUGAAAGCUGGUUACACUGACAAGCAGAGGCGAGAUUUCCUGAGUGAGGCCAGCAUCAUGGGCCAGUUCGAUCAUCCCAAUAUUAUCCACCUGGAGGGUGUGGUCACCAAAUGUAAACCAGUAAUGAUCAUAACCGAAUACAUGGAAAAUGGCUCUUUGGACGCAUUCCUCAGGAAGAACGACGGGCAGUUCACAGUCAUUCAGCUGGUGGGAAUGCUGCGAGGGAUUGGAUCUGGAAUGAAGUAUCUCUCCGACAUGAGCUACGUGCACCGGGAUUUGGCAGCACGCAACAUUUUGGUCAACAGUAAUUUGGUCUGCAAGGUCUCAGACUUCGGCAUGUCCCGAGUUCUGGAGGAUGACCCGGAGGCUGCUUACACCACACGGGGUGGGAAGAUCCCCAUAAGAUGGACAGCGCCCGAAGCGAUUGCGUAUCGCAAGUUUACCUCAGCGAGUGACGUUUGGAGCUACGGGAUUGUGAUGUGGGAAGUAAUGUCAUAUGGAGAGCGACCCUACUGGGAUAUGUCCAAUCAGGAUGUGAUUAAAGCGAUUGAGGAAGGCUACAGAUUACCUCCUCCAAUGGACUGCCCAGUCUCCCUUCACCAGCUAAUGCUGGAUUGCUGGCAAAAAGAGCGCAACGACAGACCCAAAUUUGUGCAGAUUGUAAGCAUGCUGGACAAACUCAUUCGGAAUCCCAACAGCCUGAAAAGGACAGCAUUAACCGAGAAUACAAGGCCCUCCACUGCAUUGCUUGACCCAGGCACACCUGAUUUCUCUGCUUUGGGUUCUGUUGGAGACUGGAUUCAGGCUAUUAAGAUGGACAGAUACAAAGAUAACUUCACAGCAGCGGGCUAUACUUCCCUAGAGGCAGUGGUACAUAUGAACCAAGAGGACCUGACCCGAAUUGGAAUUACAGCAAUAGCGCACCAGAACAAGCUUCUGAACAGCGUCCAGGGAAUGAGAGCCCAGAUGCAACAGAUGCAGGGGAGAAUGGUUCCUGUCUGAAUCAGUGCAAGAACUCAGUGAAAUUAGUUUACCUCAUCCAUGCACUUUAACAGAAACAAAAUGCACUUUUUACUUCGUCCUUGCCCUUUUGUAUAAGGGUAUUUACUCAGUGGUUUUGCCUGAUUUGAGGACACGUGCUGAACUUUUUGACCACUGUGUGAUUAUAUGCAUAGACCUCUAGGUAGAUAAGAGGAAACUGGAUCACAUAGACAUUUACUUUGGAACUCCUACAUUUCUUGGAUGAACUUUCAUGAAGGAUCUCACCUGUUCAUUCAUUUCAUACAUAGUUACAGACAGUUUGGAUGCUUUUCAAGUAACCACUGAAUUGAAGGUGACUUUUCAUUUUUGGACGUGCUAAUGAAGGACUGGGAUGAAUUGAGUUUCUCUCUUUCUCUCCAAAACGGUCCAGUGGACACCAGUCUUGACUUAAAUAAUGGUGAACAAAGGCAAAGAAGCCUUUUGAAUGUCCACAUUCUACUUUGGGCGUUUGUGUAAAUUGCAACUACAUUAUGCAUUUAUUUUGCUGAAAUGAGUAGGCAGUCUUGUGGACUACCACUUGAGGACUUCAGUCUAUGAUGAGUUGUAAAUGUACUAUAACUUCUGGUAGUGAUUAGCAGUGGUUCUCACCAUGAGCACAGCAGAAAUUCCUUCCAUCAAGAAAUGUCUAUGUAGCAUUUAUAGAAUGGAAGACCGACCCAUCAAAAACUUGGCUAAGGAGCUACCAAUUUUCAGUUCCUUUGAAUGCUGAAGAGAAAUUGCUGUAAGCGGCCACCAAAAGAGGACAAGGUAAAUAUAACUGGUUUUGGUGCACCGUGGUAAGAAUGGAAUUUUGAAUAAAGUUCUAACUCAAGUUACCACAAGUAUGAUAAUUUGAACGGUAUGAGUGUUAUGUGUUUUAUCCACCCAUGCCAAAUUCUCUUCUCUCACGCCUUCUUUCUUGACGGGAGUGAUUCAUGCCACCACUUUAAUACCAUUUUUCAUGUGUGAGCUUAAGAGAGUGAGUGUUGCCAGGUUAUUCAGCUGUAAAAGGACUGAUGUGAACUCCACAAAAGGGAUAAGAACAUAUCAACCAGUACAUAUAAUUGCCCUUCACCGCUACCUGCUCAUCCCUAGCCCAGGGAUGCUAAAGUCAAUUGUAGUGCCCCUAUAACAGCAUCUAAGACAGUGCAUAUUAUACCUCCCAAGUCUGAAGAAUUGUACCAGACAGGCAAGUUCAUUGAGCUGACCUGUCUAGAAGUGUUGAAUUCGUGCCAGAAAAAUGAAGAGCAAUGUAAUGUACAUUUUAAAUUGGAGUAAGUUGAAAGCCAACUUAAGUACUAAAUCUUUAUGUGUAAGCACCAUUGGGAAAGCGUCCCAAUCAGUUCCAUUGUUCUCACGGUACGAUCGACUUUGAUGGGCGGCAGCCUUGCACUCUAUCUGAGGAUGUAAUUAAGAGCUAGGUUGCUCUUCAAAUGUGUGUCCCAUUUUAUAUUCACGGCAAUAUUAAAUAGAUCCCGGGCUAUUUUCAUGAUAUCAUACUGCAACAUCCCUCACAAACCAUAUACUCUCCACUUGCAGCACGCUGUAACUUGGCAAUGACCGAUCUGGGCAUCCCACCAGUCUGACUCCAUGAUACAGAAAGAACCUUUCAGUGAACACAUUCCCCCUUCUCCUGGUUACAGAGAGAGAGAGAUCACCAUUCCUAAUGUAAUAUAACUUCAUUUCAGCAUCUGGUUUGUAAUAUUAUUGCAUAAUUGUAAUCUUAUAUUUAAUGUCCGAUAAAUAAACACUAUGGGGUGUAAAAUGUGAUAUGCAAUGGGAUAAUUAUCACUUGUGUUUAUUCCCCCCACCUUUCGAAUGGUUUGAACAAAGGCUGCAUUUCCACCAUCACAUUCUCUCUGUCCUCAGAAAGUUUCCCUAUUGAUAAAAACUUUGUUGGAUCAAAAUUCCCAAGAACGUGAUAAUUAUCAAAUAACGUUGCAUUUAUCACCCCUAAAAAUUUCAUAUACAAAAAAAAAUGCACCUACUCCCAUUUGUUUUCCACGGAGCCAGUCAACAUACAAAUCUCAGGUCAACCGUCAGAGUUGUCAUUGUGAUCCAGUGCAUUUGUCGACUCCACUGAUGGUAGACUGUUUACUGUACGGAGAUCGAUCUUUAAUAGUUUGAGAAUUGUAAAUUGAAUGAAGUGCAAAUAUGUAUUUGAAUCUUUUAGUCGCUAGAAAUGUUUUAGUUAGCUCAAAUACCAUUCUGUGUUAGGAGCUAACGGUCGGUGGUGGAACUGUAGAUCUAUUGACAUGAAAGAUUGAUUUUGGCUGAGAAUAAGAUUUUCUGGAAGUUAUAUCAAAGUAACCCUAAAGAAAUGUUGGGACUGUGUGUAGAACAGUAACCAAACCUGGCUCAACCAGCUCUAUUAUUUAGUACAUUUUUCUCGAGAUAAAAUAGAGGCAAUGGGAGCUGGGAAUGUAUAAAUUUGGAGAACUUCCAGGCUUGUUUAAAACCAACUGAACCACAAGUAAUACUGUAUGCCAAAGCGAUCAUUCAGCGGGAACUGUUUGGCUGUGCCAGUUUCUGAAGUGAAUCGUGGAUCCUCAACAACGCUGGAAAUGAAAACUGUUGCUCCCCACAGAUAUAUUCUCUGAGGAGACCCAACAAUGAAUGUCAUUCUGCCAGCAACUAUUUGGUACAGGAUUGUUCAAUGCAACAGCAAUUGGUUCCAAAAUAUCCCCUUCUUUACUGGAGGGCCUCCAACUAUGUUUUAUUGGGAUUACAGAAAAACUAAUAUGAAAAAAACAUGAUUAGUGCCUAUUGUCGUGAAACAGUAGUGACUUUGAUUUACGAGAGACUGGGGAUCGUACUGUAGCUGAUAAGAUUGUUUCUAUGAAACAAUAUUCUGUAAACCACAUUAAUAUGAAAGGGAAAUAAAGUUCUAUUAAUGUUUUGUGCUAAAA